UGAUCUUCACUUCACACUUGAUUUGGAACACAGCCCAAACUGUGCUUCUUUCCAUCACUGGACUCAAUCAUCUUCUAACUCGGGAAACUUGCAGUUUGUUUUGUGUUUCUUAGAAACGCUCACGUCCGUACACACACACACACACACACACACACACACACGUGUACAGAGGUGUGUGUCAGGCAGAGGGUCUGACAUUUUUUGGGGUUUUUGAGUCCUGCAAGAGAAAAAGCAGACGCUCGGGGAAGCAGAAGGGGUGCAUGGACACUUUGCCUCUUGGCUGUAGCUUGCUCAGAGAGAGUGUGUGUGUGUGUGUGUGUGCAUGUGUGUGUGAAGGAUGUGUCGGAUACUGAUCACGCUGCUGUGUUGCGUGUCGGCGCUGUUGUGUGUGUGUUCAGCUGCCGAGAGGAUUAAAGUGCUCUUCACGCCGACCAUCUGCAGGCUGCGCUGCACCGCCGGCCGCUGCACCAACUACUGUGAGAGGGGAAACAUCUCCACCAUCUACAGCAACGAGGAGCACACACAGACCUCUGGCUUCAGAGUGUUCGUGUGUCCGCUGUUGUGUAAGAAUGGAGGCGUGUGCAUUCAGAAGGAUCGAUGUCUCUGUCCUCCAAACUUUACGGGAAAGUUCUGCCACAUUCCUGUUUCCUCCUCCUCCUCCACCAGCGAUACUGAGAAGCCGCCAUCAAGCGCUGACGCCUUAGCCAAUCAGGGACUGAUGCAGUCGGAGUACAUCCUUCCUCUACAGAACCCACAGAUGAACCACACCAACGGUUCUCCGAUGGUCACAGUUCGAGUCAAUCAUCCUCCUGAAGCCUCAGUGAAGGUCCACCAGGUUAUGAAGGUCACUUCAGGGUCUACAGGACUCUCAGGAUCUCGCGGUCAUGGUACUUACCGAGAUGUGCUGCUGAGCGACAGAGCAGAUGCUCCGCCCCCUCGCGUCCUAGCCCAAACCAUCAGAGGAGAUUCGUCUUACACCGAGGCGUCUGGGUUCAAAUACUGCUUCAGAGAAGUUCAUAAUGGACAGUGCAGCUCUCCCAUGCCCGGUCUGCGCAGUCAGGAGACCUGCUGCAAGGGUGACGGUGUAGCCUGGGGAAUAAACGAUUGCAUACUCUGUCCUUCAGGAUCAGGAAGCAGAGGAAGCGUAGAGGGAAGCUGUCCGAAAGGAUUUGAGAGGGUGAAUGGUAAUCAGUGUGUGGAUGUAAAUGAGUGUUUGCAGCCGGGCUUCUGUGAGAACGGGAAAUGUGUGAACACCCGUGGAAGCUACAGCUGUGCGUGCAAUCCUGGCUUCUUACUGGACGCCUCACAGGGCAUCUGUAUCUCUCAGAAGGUGAUCUCGGAGGUAAAGGAUCAGUGUUUCCGUAUCGUAUCUCAGGGUUCCUGCUCGUUACCCAUCCUGAAAAACAUCACCAAACAGAUCUGCUGCUGCAGUCGUGUGGGUAAAGCCUGGGGCAGCAAGUGUGAGGCCUGUCCGUACUUUGGAUUGUCGGAAUUUAGGGAGAUCUGUCCUGCCGGUCCUGGCUACCACUACUCUCCCAACACCCUCAAACUACAACAUCGUGUAGCAGAUCCACACACUACUCUGAUUUCAGAAACCAACCACACCUCCUCUACGGUCAGAGGGUCUGAAACAUCUGUCUCACAAUCGACGAGACGAUACGAAACCCCAAACAACCAAACCCAUACCGGAGCACAACCUACCACUGUCAGACAGAACGUCCAGAUCCAGCACACGACCUCGUCUCAGGGAAAUCUGGUCACCUCCGACGUACUCAUCAUCCAAAACAAACCACAGCCCAAUCAGAACAGACAAUCUGGAAGCACUGCUGCAUCUACCAACCAGCCAAUCAGAGAGCAGCCCUCCAUCAUAAGGACUCAAACCAGCCGGCCCUCCGUCAACCGACAGCCAGUUCCUCCAUUCAGACCAGUUCCAGUUACUCAACACACACCUCCAUCCAGACCUCAGGAUAAGCGAGUGUGUGAAGCUGACCCUCAGGUGUGUGGUUCUGGUCGCUGUGUCGAUGUACCGGGGGGAAAACACACAUGUGUUUGUAAUACCGGCUUCAUCCUUAACAGUCAAGCAGGUCGUUGUCAAGAUAUAAACGAGUGUGUGUUGACCCCGAGGCUGUGUGUGUAUGGUCAGUGUGAGAACACGGUGGGAAGUUUUCGGUGCGUUUGUCCUGCAGGGUACCAGAUUAACACCCAGCAAAGCCAGUGCUCAGAUAUUGACGAGUGCCGUCAGAUCCCGAACCCGUGCACUAACGGGCGCUGUGAGAACACACUGGGUAGUUUCAGGUGUGUGUGCAGGACGGGAUACAAACUGCAAGACAACACCUGUACAGAUGUUGACGAGUGUGAGGACCCGCUGCGCUGCCCAGGUACAGAGUGUGUGAACUCUCAGGGUUCCUACAGGUGUGUGUCCUGCAAACCUGGAUUCGGUCUCUUAAACGAGCAGUGCGCAGAUAUUGAUGAGUGCCGUCAGCGCCCGUCUCCUUGUACUAAUGGCCGCUGUGAGAACACACCAGGCAGCUACAAGUGUGUGUGUAACACAGGAUUUAAACCACUGGGGAACGCAUGCACAGAUGUGAAUGAAUGUGAGGACCCUCUGCGGUGUCCCGGAUUGGACUGUUUGAACACACCCGGCUCAUACAGAUGUGUCUCCUGUGGCCCUGGCUUUACAUUCAGCAGUGGAAGAUGCUCAGAUAUCGACGAGUGCCGCCAGGUUCCUGCUCCCUGUUCUAAUGGGCACUGCGAGAACACACACGGCAGCUACAGAUGUGUGUGCAGGACUGGAUACAGACAGCAGGGCAACACAUGCACAGAUGUGGAUGAGUGUGAGAACUCCCUGCAGUGUCGGGGUCAGGUGUGUGUGAACACUCCCGGCUCGUACAGGUGUACGGCCUGUGGAACGGGGUUCAGUUUUCGGAACGGACAGUGCACAGAUGUGGAUGAGUGUGCUCAGAACUCGCGUCUGUGUACCAACGGGCGCUGUGAGAACACACCCGGAAGUUUCCGUUGUGUGUGUCGAGCUGGAUUUAGACUGGAGGAGAACACCUGUACAGAUGUGAACGAGUGUGAGAAUGAGCUUCAGUGUCCGGAGCAGAAGUGUGUGAACUCAGUUGGCUCGUUUAAGUGUGUAUCAUGUGAUCCGGGCUUUCAGAUCAAAAGUGGCCAGUGCCAAGAUGUGGACGAGUGCAGUCAGACUCCGCCCCCCUGUUCUAACGGCCAGUGUAAAAACACUCCAGGCAGCUACAGUUGUUCAUGUCGUCCAGGAUUCAAGCAGCAGGGAAACACCUGCACAGAUGUGGACGAGUGCAGUCAGACUCCGCCCCCCUGUUCUAACGGCCAGUGUAAAAACACUCCAGGCAGCUACAGUUGUUCAUGUCGUCCAGGAUUCAAGCAGCUGGGCAACACCUGCACAGAUGUGGACGAGUGCAGUCAGACUCCGCCCCCCUGUUCUAGCGGCCAGUGUAGAAACACUCCAGGCAGCUACAGUUGUUCAUGUCAUCCAGGAUUCAAGCAGCAGGGAAACACCUGCACAGAUGUGGACGAGUGCAGUCAGACUCCGCCCCCCUGUUCUAACGGCCAGUGUAAAAACACUCCAGGCAGCUACAGUUGUUCAUGUCGUCCAGGAUUCAAGCAGCUGGGCAACACCUGCACAGAUGUGGACGAGUGCAGUCAGACUUCGUCUCCCUGUUCUAGCGGCCAGUGUAAAAACACUCCAGGCAGCUACAGUUGUUCAUGUCAUCCAGGAUUCAAGCAGCAGGGCAACACCUGCACAGAUGUGGACGAGUGCAGUCAGACUCCAUCCCCCUGUUCUAACGGCCAGUGUAAAAACACUCCAGGCAGCUACAGUUGUUCAUGUCGUCCAGGAUUCAAGCAGCAGGGCAACACCUGCACAGAUGUGGACGAGUGCAGUCAGACUCCGCCCCCCUGUUCUAACGGCCAGUGUAAAAACACUCCAGGCAGCUACAGUUGUUCAUGUCGUCCAGGAUUCAAGCAGCAGGGCAACACCUGCACAGAUGUGGACGAGUGCAGUCAGACUUUGUCUCCCUGUUCUAGCGGCCAGUGUAGAAACACUCCAGGCAGCUACAGUUGUUCAUGUCGUCCAGGAUUCAAGCAGCAGGGCAACACCUGCACAGAUGUGGACGAGUGCAGUCAGACUCCGCCCCCCUGUUCUAACGGCCAGUGUAAAAACACUCCAGGCAGCUACAGUUGUUCAUGUCGUCCAGGAUUCAAGCAGCAGGGCAACACCUGCACAGAUGUGGAUGAAUGUGAGAGUUCUGGACUUUGUGGGCUGAAGAAUGCCUGUGUGAAUACAGAGGGUUCGUACAGGUGCGAGUGUUCACCUGGCUACCGCGCUACAGGACCUGGACGCCAGUGCCGAGAUAUUAAUGAGUGUUUGGAGGGCGAGUUCUGCUUCACCAGAGGAGAAUGUUUGAAUACAGAAGGAUCGUACAUGUGUGUUUGUGCUCAGGGCUACCAGACCACCGGCAACGGCACUGUGUGUACCGAUAUAGACGAGUGUGCGAAGGAUGGAGUGUGUGAGAACGGAGUCUGUACCAAUACUGAAGGAUCAUUCAUGUGUCACUGCAGAACCGGAUUCACUGCUAAUCCUGAAAAAAGCAUCUGUCUGGAUGUGGAUGAGUGUGUAGAUUCGGAGGGGAGUGUGUGUGAAUUUCAGCGCUGUGAGAACACCAUCGGCUCGUAUCGCUGCGUGGUCACCUGUGAACCUGGAUAUAGCCUCAACCCUACAGGAGAGUGUGUGGACAUUAACGAGUGCGCUAACGAGACUGUGUGUGGUAAGCACAUGUGCUUAAACCUGAUUGGAACGUAUCAGUGUAUCUGUGAUCAGGGCUACGAGGUGGACUACGCUGGAAAAUGUGUUGACAUUAACGAGUGUAUGACCAUGGCGGGUGUGUGUGGAACAGCACGCUGCUGGAAUGUCGAAGGUUCGUUCACGUGCGAGUGUGAAAACCGACAGGAGGAAUAUAACCCCAUCACACGUCAAUGUGUGAACCCAGCAGCAUCAUCAUCUGGGCCCUCUCGGCCGGGUGAGAAGAAAGAGUGUUACUCGACCGUGGUUGAGAGGGACCAGUGUUCAGUUCUGUCGGUUAAUACGAGUCUACAGGAGUGCUGCUGCACUGUGGGACGAGCCUGGGGGUUGAAGUGUAAAUACACACUCUGUCCUCAGCCUGAAACACCUGAUUUCAAUGUGAUGUGUCCGAGCGGGCGUGGCUAUGUCUACAGUGUCUACAGUGGCCACAUGUUUCCAUCUACAGCAGGAGGCUUCAGCUAUAGAGAUGUAGACGAGUGUAAACUCUUUGACCCGGCACUGUGUAAAGGUGGUGUGUGUGUAAACACCAUCCCUGGUUACUCAUGUUACUGUCCCAAUGGAUACUACUACGAUCAAACCCUACUGCAGUGUAUUGAUAAUAAUGAGUGUGAUGGUGGAGAGGUGUGUUUAGGUGGUGGCUGUGUGAACACACUUGGUUCUUAUUACUGUACGUGUGAGCCGCCGCUAGUGCUGGACGACACACAGCAGUACUGCCUCAACAGUUCUGCUCUUACAGUGGAGAACAGGUCGUACUGUUGGGGGCAUGUAACGGCUGAUCUGAUGUGUCAGAGUCUUCUGCAGGGGCUCCAGUUAACGUAUGUCGAGUGUUGUUGUUCAUAUGGAGAAGCGUGGGGGCUCCAAUGUGCCCUCUGUCCCCGCCGAGAUGAAGCGGCGUAUGAGGCCAUGUGCACUGCUAUAGGUCCUCCUCCAGAAUCUCCUUAUUACACGGAGCAUUUCCCCUCCCUGCCUGAGAGAGGAGGGGCUUACAGUCCUCCCUAUAGCGCCCCUGUUUACCCUGACUUCUCCUUGCCUGAUUACACCGACUACAGCGCUGGGGCGGUACGCAGAUCUGGAUUGAGGACACUCCCAUCUAGCUCGUAUACCCCUUUCAUUCCUCCUGCAGUCGGUUCAAGCUCCUAUUACGGAGAGGAGGAUUACGAUUCAGCUCCACAACCUCCGUUUACACCAGAGCGCUCCUAUACGUCACGCUUUAACCCCGCCUCCAUCACUACAGGUGAUGAAGAAGAGGAGGGACCAUGGAGAGUUUCUGCCCCUUUCCCACCCUAUACUGACAGAAGAGCAGGAAGUGAAAGACCACGCAGAGUUUAUGAUGGUCGUUAUGACUCGUAUGCCGGGCUAGCGGAGGGCGAGUGCGGUAUAUUACAGGGCUGUGAGAACGGCCGCUGUGUUCGGGUGGGUGAGGGGUACACCUGUGACUGUUAUGAUGGGUACCAGCUGGAGGUCACCACCAUGAGCUGUAGAGAUAUCGAUGAGUGUGAGGAUCUGGGUUAUCGAGAGUGUAUCAAUGCAAGGUGUGUGAAUACAGACGGUUCGUACAGGUGUGUGUGUCUCAGAGGAUUCGUCAUGUCACGCAGAAGCAACUACUGCAUACCAGCGUAAUACACACAUACACACACACUGUAAUACACACACACACAUACACAAUUCAGAUCCUAUUUUCUAUGUUGGAUUUUAUAGACACGUUAGUUUAAAUCUAUUGUGGCUUUAAAUUGUUUUUUUUUUAAUGUUUGUAACUAUUUUUAUACAGAAACACGUAUUUGCAGAAACAUACAGACUAUCUAAAGUUGUUUUAUUUACACAUACCCACAAAGGGUUUGGCAUUUAUGUGAAUGUGGAUUUCAGGGGUGGACAAAUCAACAGCCCAGGCGUCUGAGACGAGCAGAUUUUGUCCCUGACCUAACGGCCCACAGGAAAAGUGACUCUCUGGGCUGCUAAUUAGGUCAGCCAAAGUAGGCAAAGUAAGAUAAGAAUCAAAACCUUUAAAUUGUGGGCGUUUAAUUAUUGGUGGUGUGGAGGAAAAGCUCAGUGGGAGUGCUAGAGGUUCCAUCUGACACUCACACCCUCCUUUUAUAACUCCAUCAGGAACUGUACACCACAGAUACACACCUCAACAGUGUCGCCAUAGUGUUCACCUGGGAGAAGGAGUGCAUUGAUUAUGAUGAAGUUUGGAACUGUUUGGUUUGUGUAGGUUAUUGUUUUUUUGCACUGCAGAACCAUGCAGGAAUUCGGCGCGUUCACAUGAGAAGCACUGUUGUGCCGUUGUUUCAUUUGGAGUGUGGCGGGGCCAUUUAGCUUGUCGCUGUGUUCCUCUGAGCGGCGCACACCGCACACUUUUGCCACAUUGGGCUUGCAAUUUUUGUGUUCACCUGAUUGAACUUUGACCCAGGUUGCCGCUGACAUUUUCAAAGCUCCUCUAAUGAGACGAACUGUUUGAUUUGACGCGGUAAAAGCGACUCAGGCUGUAUGAACAAAACUUAUCGUGACUUAUUGUACUAAAACAGCGAGCGAGGGAUUUCAUUAGUGGAGAGAACUCAUGAGCAGUGAUAAUGAAGAGAAGUUUAGUGCUCCUGUAUCGUUCUUUUAGUACAUUAUAUAUACAGAUCGGAUAUCUGACGGAUGGGUCGAUCUACUUUCCGAUCCAAAUUCCAGUCCGCAUCUUGUGCUGGACCAUAAACUUGCUGUAACUUAACAUAAUGUAACAUGAGGCACGUCACCGAUCCAAGUUCCAUUAUACAUCUUACCAUGAACCCGUGACAACUACAGUCAGUAACGGGAAAAAAAUAACAUUAGCUGCUUAUUUUACUAACAUGUCCUUUGUAUGGAAAUAUUUUAGUCUGGAAACGCAGAAAAGCAAAAUAGCAACUUGCAAUGUGUGCAAAGCUAGUGUGUCAAGGGGUGGAAGUAAGGUUUCGUCGUGUAACACGACUAAUCAAGCACCUGCAGAAACUUAAAAACUUAACAGAGGGAAAAAAAUGCAAAAGAUAAUGGGUGUUUUUUUUGCUCUGUUAAUGUGAUGUUCUGUGUGGUUUCAGCCUCACAAUGUUUGUUUCUUUGUUUAUUAGGAUUUUAAUGUCAUUUUUACACUUUUGGUUACAUUCAUGACAGGAACGGUAGUUACUCAUUACACAAGAUUCAUCAGUUCACAAGUUUACAUCAAACACAGUCCUGGACAACUUAGUGUCUCCAAUUCACCUCACUUGCACGUCUUUGGACUGUGGGAGGAAACCGGAGCACCCGGAGAAAACCCACGCGGGACACGGGGAGAACAUGCAAACUCCACACAGAAAGGACCCGGACCGCCCCACCUGGGGGUCAAACCCAGGACCUUCUUGCUCUGAGGCGAUAGUGCUACCCACUUAGCCACCGUGCCACCCCAGCCUCAUAAUGUAACCCUUAACACAAUAACAAUCAUCAUAAUAUUAACGUAUCUGUAUCAGUAUCGGCAGUUGUGUAUCGGGAUCGGAUCGGCCCAUCACUACAUUAAACCACGUUAAGCGUCUCUCAGAAAAGCUGAUUCUCACAAUUUCUCAGAACCUCGAGCUGUAACACAAGUUUAAAAGUGAAACAGUGAGAAAAAUCCAGAUAAACACAGAUACUUCUGGAGCUUUCAGACUGGAUCUGACGGUUAUGCAGAUUCGUCUCAUAUUCGCACUUUGAUGACAUUUUACCGCAGUGAGCGAAGCGCAAAAUCCUUCUCAUGUGAAUGCACCCUAUGGAGCUGUUUUCUCAUCACAACACAAAAACAUCAAAAUGUGGAGUUUACUUCCUGACCCCAUGGUGCUGGUCGAUUAGCACACAAAUCUUUCAUGUUUGUGUGUGAGGAAACACAAUUUCCUUGUCCAGUCCGGCAUCGUUUUGUCCACCCCUAAGUUCAAAUGCCAGUUUUGAUGUUAGUGUUUGUGAUGUUGCUGAUUUCAUUACGGUGCACUGUAUCUCUGUCUGAUUUCCUCUUAUAUUAUAAUUCUUUGGCUAUUGUUUAAAGAUGUGAUUGUUUAAAAUAUAACCUGUGUCGUUUAGUGUUUAUAAGUCUGAUACUGAAAAUAUAUGUGCACAUUUUCUAGUUCUGAACUUCUUGUGUGUGAACCAUCAAAAACGACACAUCAGUCCCAAGCCUCAAAAUUUUGGGGUUUCUUUAACAUCUGUUUACAAUUUUUACAUACAUGAACAGCACAGACACGUAGUAUUUAAACACUUAAAAAUUAAAAGGUUUUUAUCUAGAA